AUGGUCAUGUUCAUCGAACGUGGUAUACUCGGAGGUCUCAGUCAUUGUUCCUAGUUGCAUGUUAGACACGCACAGGCCAAUAACAAGUACAUGCAGUCUUACGAUCCAUCGAAACCAUCGUCGUACUUGAUGUACUUUGACGUAAACAAUUUGUACGGUUGGGCAAUGUGUCGGCCGCUGUCUUACGCCGAAUUUCAAUGGGUCACACAUGUUUCAACAUUUGAUGCAUCUUCAACCGCUGUCGAUUCACCCAUAGGUUAUAAUCUCGAGGUCGAUCUGGAAUAUCCGCAACAUUUGCACGACGCUCACGCUGACCUACUAUUUUGUCCAACGGGCUCUAAACCGCCAUGUAAAAGACAAGAUAAGUUAUUGGCAACUUUAUACGAUAAGCAGCGUUAUGUUAUUCAUUAUCGCAACCUACAGCAAUGCACGCGUCACGGUCAUCGCAUUACAAAGAUAUACCGUAUACUCCAAUUCGCUCAAUCUCCGUGGCUCCGCGAUUACAUCGAACUAAAUACACAGUUUAGAAAACAAGCGACGAAUAAUUUUGAAAAAAAUUUGUAUAAAUUGAUGAACAAUGCUGUAUUUGGAAAAACGAUGGAAAAUGUACGCAAUCAUGUAGAUGUGAAACUGUUGACAAAAUGGGAUGGACAGUGUGAUGUUGAG